AUGUUUCUUGGCAAGGACAGCAUCAUGAGCAAAGAGAGGCUGCAGCAACACCAUUCAUGGAAGAACUUGCACCUUCACUGGCCCUGGUCCUCAAAGAAAUCGCUGCUGCCGCCGAAGGGCCACGUCGCAGUGAGGGUCGGGGCCCAGGGGGAGAGGCGGCGGAGGUUCGUGGUGCCGGUCGGGCACCUUGAGCACCCGCUCUUCGCGGCCAUGCUCGACGCGGCCGAGGCGGAGUUCGGGUUCCACCAGACGGGCGCGAUCGUUAUUCCGUGCUGCAUCGACUACUUUCGGUGUAUCGAAAGCGUCAUCGACCGCGAUGCUGCCGCCAGGGAAGAGCAUCGGCAUACGAAUCGGCGAUGCCAACGCAGCCACCUUCAGCGCUUCGUCGCGUGCUUUCGCACUUGA